AGCCCAGCAGUGGCCAUGGAUGUCCGGAGAGACUCUUGGUUCCUGGUCAUUGCCUGGUCAUUGCUGGACGGGCCCUUCUCCAACGGGGAGAGCCAGGGCACAAAUGGCCCUUGUGAGCAGCAGCUGCGAUUUCGGCACAGCAGCGUCGAGAGUGGCGGGCCUUGGCUGUCCACCCUGGCUCUGCUCAGCAGCAUCGGCGCCAUUUGGCUAUUCGUCUUCUACGCCAUCCGCUGCUUGUGCCUCAGGAGAAACCAGUGCACGCAGGAGCUGGACGAGGGAAUAGAGAAACGCUGGGAGGAGGUCCAGACGUCCUGUCCAGAAGAAGACGGGGACCAAUCGUGCGGCUACCAAUCUCAGGUCCUCGUCCCUGCCCAGUCCGAGUUCGGAUCCAAACCUCCAGGCACCAACCCCACCCUCCAGGCGUAUUCCCACCAGCUGGCCUGCAUGGAGCAGGAACUGGAGCAUUUCCUAAGUGAGGUGCGCAACAGGCAGGGCACCCUGGGGGGCAAGGCAGGGAAGGAGAGGGACCCCCCGAAUCUGAAGAAGUGGAGCGCGGACAAACUGCGCAUCACCGUCUAUGAAAUUGCCGACAGCGAGCAGCCGGACCAGGCGUGGGGCAGAGGACGCAAGAGGAAGUUCAAGUAGAGAAAGGGGCACCGUGAAACUUUGAGGUGUGCCCAGUGGGCGGCUGGCAGCCGGAAUGAAGGGGGCUCAGGAGUCACUGAGUAUCAUGAUUUGUCUUGGCACAUUUAUUAACAAUAAAUUAUGAAUCCAAUC